AUGAAAUAUUUAUUUGUUUUAAUUUUAGCUUUAUUAGCUAUUUCAAGCGUUAGUGCCAGAACUAACAACGAAGAAUGUACUUUCUGUGGUUUCAUUGUCAAUUAUGUUGAAGGUCAACUCUUAAACAACCAAACCGAAACUUAUAUUGUUGGUGAAUUAGAAAAAGUCUGCACUUUUGUUCCAGCCUCAUUACAACCAACCUGCAAAUCAUUAGUCUCAGUCUAUGGUGAAGAAGUCAUCCAAAUGGUCGUUGCUAAAGAAAACUCAACUGUUAUCUGUGAACAAGUUGGUUUAUGCCCAAAACCAACCAAAAAAGUCCAAAAAGUCCAAGUUGGUGAUGCUAAAUGCACCAUCUGUGAUUUCGUUGUUGGUGAAGUCGAAAAAUACGUCAGUGGUAAUGCCACUGAAGCUCAAAUCAUUACUUUCUUAAACAAAGACUGUAAAAUUUUCGGUGCUUUCGAAACCACUUGCCAAUCAUUAGUUCAAGCUUACGUCCCAACCAUCAUUAACUUACUCGAAAACAAACAAUCACCAGACACUGUUUGUGCUGAAAUUAAAUUAUGCACUUCAAGACUCUCAAAAAAAGUUGGUGGUGCCACUUCAUGUGCUGUUUGUGAAAUUAUUGCUCAAGACGUUGAAACCUUAGUUUCUCUUAACUCAACCGAAUCUCAAAUCGUUGAUGCCAUCGAAACCGUUUGUGCUGAUCUCCCAGUCAAAUUCUUCCAACAAACCUGUGACAGCAUGGUUCAACAAUACUUACCAUCAAUCAUCAAAUACAUUGAAAACCAAGAAAGCCCAGCCACCGUCUGUGCUCAAAUUGGUCUCUGUGGUGGUUCAUCAUCAGAACAAGGUUCAUCAUCAGAACAAGGCUCAUCAUCAGAACAAGGCUCAUCAUCAGAACAAGGUUCAUCAUCAGAACAAAACUCUGGUUCAUCAUCAAACGAUAGCUCAUACACUGGUUCAUUCACUGGUACCUCAGGUUCAUCAGUCUCAUCAGGUUCUGGUUCAUCAUACAGCAGCGGUAGCGGCAGUUCCUUAAGAAUUACCAUCCAAUAA